UUGCCUGAUUAAUUUGUUAGAUUUAGUAGCUUCAAAAAUAAUGGAUGAAAUUGAGAUUCCUCAUCAUUUUCUUUGUCCAAUUUCCCUUCAACUCAUGAGAGAUCCUGUUACAAUCUCAACUGGAAUAACAUACGAUCGAGAUAGUAUAGAGAAAUGGUUUUUUUCAUGCAAGAAAAAGGCCUGCCCGGUUACGAAGAAAGUGUUGCACGAUUCAGAUCUAACCCCAAAUCACACUCUUCGUCGCUUGAUCCAAGCAUGGUGCACGCUUAAUGCUUCCCAUGGAAUCGAAAGAAUCCCAACACCUAAGCCUCCAAUCGACAAAACUCAGAUCGCCAAGCUCCUUAAAGAUGCGAAAAAGUUCCCUGAGAUGCAACUCAAAUGCCUUAAAAGGCUCAGAUCAAUCACACUUGAAGGUGACAGAAACAGAAGCUGCCUGGAAGCCGCUGGUGUAGUUGAAUUCCUGGUAUCAAUUAUCAAGAGUAAUUAUGAAUCUACGUUGUUACUUGAAGUGGAGAGCAAUGAAGGGUCAGAAUUUAUAAAAGCUAGCGAUGAAGCAUUGAGUAUUCUUUAUCAUAUCAAGAUCUCUGAAAGCUGUCUAAAGAGUAUUAUUAGGAAUGAUCAGGAAUUUGUAGAGUCUUUAGUGCAAAUCCUGAAAAAUGAUAACUAUCAAUCUCGAGCAUACGCCACGAUGCUAUUGAAGAAUAUUUUUGAAGUGGCAGAUCCAAACCAAUUGAUCACUAUUACACCUGAAUUCUUUGCUGAAAUCGUAUGUACUUUGCGUGAUCGGAUCUCGGUGCAGGCCUCCAAGGCAGCAUUGAAACUCCUUGUGGAGCUUUGUCCUUGGGGAAGAAACAGGAUCAAGGCCGUUGAAGGUGGUGCGGUCUUUGUCUUGAUCGAGCUUCUUCUCGAAACCUCUGACAAGAGAGCUUCCGAACUUGCUUUGAUUCUGUUGGAUCAACUCUGUGGUUGUGCCGAAGGGAGAGCAGAGGUUUUGAAGCAUGGAGCGGGGCUAGCGAUUGUCUCGAAGAAAAUAUUCAGGGUUUCCCAUCUGGCAAGUGACAGGGCAGUGAGGAUUCUAUCCUCAAUUUGCAGGUUUUCAGCAACAUCUAGGGUUCUUCAGGAAAUGCUGCAAGUGGGUGUGGCGGCCAAGCUAUGCUUGGUGCUUCAACUUGAUAGCAGUCACAAGACCAAGGAGAAAGCAAAGGAGAUCCUAAAAUUGCACUCUAGGGUUUGGAGGAACCAUUCUUGUAUUCCUUCUUAUUUGUUGUCUUCUUAUCCAUCUUCUUGAGAUUGGUGAUCUUUCCUUUUUUUUUUUUUUGGUGAUCUUCUUAUCCAUCUUCUUGGAAAGCAGAUCUCCAUGCAACUAAAUUUGAAUUAUACAAAUUCAAUAGGCAUCAAAUUUUGUCUAUAAAGAGACACUUUCCAUGAGAAUUUUGUUCCUUAUUGCAUAUGCCUUAUCGACAUUUGUUUGUUCUUUUUGUAAGAGAAACAUAAUGAUAAUGUAUUUGGAAAGACAUAGAUAAUCGAAGUCAAAUUAAACACAGCGUAUGUAUUGCCUUUGGAUAAAUUGUUUAUGCACUAUGAAUUUUACAGGUAAAUGGAUAUUUGGAUUGAGUUCAAGUCAAUCCCAUAUUUGGAGCCAAUAAUUUUGAAUGUGAAGAUUCUCAAUAUGACUAC